GAUGCGCUGCUCAGGUGAAUGCCCUGCUCUCUGUAUUGAAAACAUUAAGGAACUUGCUCCAAUCCUGGGGUUUUCAGAAAUCCAAUUUGGACAAAUUAAGAAACCCAGAGAGCAUGCCAGGCAAGGGCACAAAGUUUUCAAGUCACAGUUAAGCCACAAAGCCCAAGAUGCCUUGAACGAAAAAUGCAAGGAGCCGGCUGACAAAGAGCAGCGGAAAGAUCUGAAGGCGGAAGAAAUAAAGGACAGGGAGAGAGGGGAAGAGAGGGGAAUGAAUGUGGCUUUGCUGAGGCUCAUCAAGGAAAGGAAGAUAAGAGCAGAAGAGGAAACCGAGUUUAUAACAAAGCUCACAAAAAUGCUAAAGCUUAAAGGAGAAUUGCGAUCAGCCAAGGGACUGAAAGAUGAGGCCGGGGAGAGAGACAGAGAAGUGAACAACCUGAACAGCAAGCUCUUGAGCCUGCAACUCGACAUCAAGAAUCUCCAUGAUGUCUGCAAGAGACAGGGGAAGACCUUGCAAGAGAACCAGCUGUGUGUGGAGGAAGCCAUGAUGAGUAACAGUCACAACAAGAAGCAAGGCCAGGCGUUAGCCUACAAGGAGACCCAGAUAGAGUUCAAGUCCAAUAAGCAGUGUCACCUGAGGCAACUCCAACAGCUGAAGAAGAAGCUGCUGGCGCUGCAGCAGGAGCUGGAGUAUCGCACCCAGGAGCUGCAGAACUCCUACUGCUCUCUCCUGCAGUACCAGUCGAUCCUGGAGAAGCAGACUUCCGACCUGGUUCUCCUGCACCAUCACUGCAAACUCAAGGAAGACGAGGUCAUUCUCUACGAGGAGGAAAUAGGGAAUCACAAUAAGAACACUGGGGAGAAGCUUCAUCUGGCCCAAGAGCAGCUGGCCUUGGCGGGGGACAAGAUCGUCUCCCUAGAGAGGAGCCUGAACCUCUACAGGGAUAAGUACCAGACCUCCCUGAGCAACAUCGAAUUGCUGGAGUGCCAAGUGAAGAUGCUGGAGGGCGAACUCAGUGGAAUCAUCAGCCAGGAGCCUGAGAACAAGGGAGACCACUCGAAGGUACGCAUCUACACUUCUCCGUGCAUGAUCCAAGAGCAUCAGGAGACCCGAAAGCGACUGUCUGAAGUCUGGCAAAAGGUUUCUGAGCAGGAUGACCUAAUUCAGGAGCUUCGGAAUAAACUGGCCUGCAGCAACGCUUUGGUUCUGGAGCGUGAGGAGGCUUUGAUAAAAAUACAAGCUGACUUCGCUUCCUACACAGCCACCCACAGGCAUCCCCCUACCUCCUCAGAAGACUGUGAGGACAUCAAAAAGAUCCUGAAGCACCUGCAGGAGCAGAAAGACAGCCAGUGUCUGCACAUAGAGGAGUACCAGAACCUUGUGAAGGACCUGCGCAUGGAGCUGGAAGCCGUGUCAGAGCAGAAGAAAAACAUCAUGAAGGACAUGAUGAAGCUGGAGCUGGAGCUACACGGGCUGAGGGAGGAGGCGUCGGCCCACAUCAAGAAGAAGGACAAGGAGGCGGCCACCCUGCAGCACCAGCUCUUUGACCUGCAGCAGCAGUUCGCAGAGACGCAGAAGCUGGCCCUGAAGAAGGACAAGUUGCUCCAAGACAAAGAUGAGAGGCUCCAUGAGCUAGAGAAGAAACUGACACAGGUGCAGAACACUUUCAUGGAGAAAGAGGUGGAGCUGGAGAAGCUACAGCGGACGACAAAAGACCUCGAUACGAGUCUCCAGGAGGCAAAGCAGGACACAUCCAAAAUGGAUUGUGAGGCCCUGCGGGCCGAGGUCCAGAAACUGAAGGAAAGUCUUGAAGAAGCCAAAGAGCAGCUAAAGCUGUCAGAUCAGAAUCUAACCCGGUGUAAGGAGGAAGCACACCAGGCUGGAAGCAGCCUAGAGGAUGCUCAUCGGAAACUCGAGAGCUGCCUUCUCCAGGACAAGCAGAAGACAGAUGUCAUCAAGGAUCUGCAGGGUCAGGUGCAGAAGCUGCAGAUGGAGUCCUCGGCAGCCGAGGAGGAGAGAAAGAGCAGCAGGAAACGGAUAGAGGAGCUAACCUCAGAACUCAAGGAGGACCAGAGGAGGCUUGCAAAUUCAGACAAAGAAAAGACGAUGCUCCAGAAGACACUCAAUGAAGAUGAAAGAAAAAUAAAUGAUUUGCUUGAUUCUGUCAAAGUGUCUGAGCAAAAGCAAAGGGAGCUAACAAAUGCCAAAAACAAGCUGCAAGAGGAGCUCCAGGAGAUGAAAGGGCUUCUGGAGGAGAAACGGGAACAGCUGAAGAGGAGCAAGGAACAGGAAAAGUCCCUGGAGGGAGAAACCGAUGCUUUACGACAGGAAGCCAAAAAGAAAGAAAAGAUGGCAAAAGAGCAUUUGAGGAAGCUGGAGGAAGAAAAGGAGAAUCUCCAGACGGAGCUGAACGCCUGUUCUUCACACCUGGAAUCCUCCAUCAACAAAUACAACAACGCCCAGAAAACCAUCCAAGAGCUCAACAUAGAGAUAGGCCGCCAGAAAGAGGCCAUCAUGAUCCUGCAGGCACAGCUGGAUUCCGCGAUACAGAAAGAGAAGAACUGCCUCCAGAACAUGGUCAGUAAAGAAGCCUACGAAGAAGUUCUGCGGAAGUCGGGCAUCUGCCAAGAUGACCUGACCCAAGCCCUGGAGAAGCUCACGCACACGACCUCGGAGACAAAGAGCCUACAGCGCAGCUUGCAACAGGCCCAGGAGAGGAAAGCUCAGCUGGAAGAUGAAAUCAUAGCUUAUGAGGAAAGGAUGAAAAAGCUCAAUAUGGAGUUAAAAAAACUGCAGGGCUUCCACCAGCAGAGUGAGCUGGAGGUGCACAACUUUGACAAGAAACUGGAAGAGAUGAGCAACCAGGUGCUGCAGUGGCAGAAGCAGCACCAGAGUGACCUCAAGAUGCUGGCAGCUAAGGAGUCGCAGCUCCGGGAGUUCCAGGAGGAAAUGGCUACCCUGAAAGAGAGCCUCCUUGCGGAUGAGAAGGAGCCAUGCAGCCCACCCCAGAGGGUAACAACCAAAGAGAACUGUAGGCUCCACCGGGACAAUGAUCAGAUCAUGUGCAACGUGGAACAGUGGGCAAAGGAGCAGAAGAUUGCUAAUGAAAAACUGGGAAACAAGCUGCGAGAACAGGUCAAAUACAUCGCCAAGCUUACCGGAGAAAAGGACAGGGAGCCACACAUCAAACAGACCGAAUGGCCACCUGCCCUCACUUCCCUCUCCUCCCACAGCCACCUCCACAAUGUCAUGGUCCAUCUGCAGCAGGAAAACAAAAAGCUGAAGAACGAGAUAGAAGAGAAGAAAAAGGCAGGACACACGAGGAUCUGUGGCAGGGCCCUAGGCCCAAGCAAACUGGAAUCUUCCCAAAAGGGGAAACUAUGCAGCUCACUAGGCUGGAGAGGAAUACCCCAGGACAUGACCCCAAAAGUGGACAUCAACAAGUACAUCGGGGUGCCCCACUUCACGGGCUCCUCAUAUUGCUAGAAUCGGCUCCUCACCUAAGCACCAUUCCUACACAUUUUCAGAGGACAGUGAGUCCCCACGCCUCUUUCUUGACUGGAAUCAGCUCCUAUAGUCAUCUAUCAAGGCCCCUGCCUGGUUUAUCAGAUGUUAUUGCCUUACUGAGGUUGUCUACUUCCUGAAACGGAGUGAGCUGUGGUACCCACUCCCACCUCCAGGCCCAGACUCUGAAAUAAAGUCACAAACAACACAACUUCCGUGAGCUCCUGGUGUCUGUGCACUGCCCAUCCCAGUGACCUGCCCAUCCCAGUGACCUGCCCAUCCCAGUGACCUGCCCAUCCCAGUGACCUGCCCAUCCCAGUGUUCUCCAGAUGCCCAUCAUUCUGGUCUCUUUACUUCUCUUUACUUCACAAAGCAAGCCUCUGAGUUACUUGGAUUAGGUUUUUAAACCAAAAAGAGGGAAUUAGUACCCCCGCUUUUUAAUCUCUGUC